AUGUCUGCAUUUCUCCGCAAUUAUAUGCAACUAUGGCGCUGGCCACAGCCGCUGCAAUGCGUUCUCCGCGGACCGUCUGCUGUAUUCCAUCGUAUCAAACUCGCUCUAUGGCUGUUGUCGGAAAAAUGGGUGAAUGAAACAAAACCCCAGCAAACGGGCAUACCAGACGAAACUACGGCCGCAAGAACACUGCCAUAUGACUCAGUGAUACAAUCGAGAGGCACACUCAUCUCCGGCGGCGGGGCAGGCAUUGUCGAACGCCUGCCUUCCGGUGCUGUCAUCAAAUCACCCUGGACUGACGAGCGACGGGAGGACUGUCGCGCUGAGCUCCGCCUUGAAUGGCAAAUCUACCAAAGGCUGGGUGCUCACCCAGGGCUCGUCAAAAUCCUCGAUUGGAACGACGAAGAUUGUACACUUACCAUGGAACUUAUGGAAAAUGGCCAAUUGGACGACUAUAUUCGAGCUCACAAUGAGAGGAUUUCGUCAGAACAGCGAGACAACUGGGUGAAGCAGGCCGCGGAAGUCGUUGCGCAUUUCCACUCGCUAGGCGUAAUUCAUUGCGACCUUGAAACUCGAAAUUGCCUUCUGGAUGCUCAUCUACGGCUUAAACUGAUUGACUUUGCCGGCUCAUCCGUUGAUGGCAGUCGGCCAUCGGCCUUUGUUGCACCAGCAUUCCUAGCGCCCGACGUCGAGGUGAAUAGCAAACCCACCAUCCAACAUGACUUAUUUAGCUUGGGCUCGUUGAUCUACAACAUUGUGACUGGACAUCAACCAUUCGAAGGCGAAUCGAGUAGAAAGAUUCAGCAGCACUAUAAAACCAACAACUUCCCUAAUCUCGAGAAUCUGCAGUAUGGAGAAAUAAUCCAUCGUUGUUGGCAUGAAGGCUUUACUUGUGCACAAGAAAUUGUCGAUAUUCUCGCAAAUAAACGGAGUUGA